AUGGUCUCAUAUGAUAUGGGAUGGAGUACCAGAGGUACAGGACGACAAUAUGAUAGUAAUGGUUUUGGAGCCAUUAUAGGCUGUUUGAGUGGACUGGUUUUAGACUACUCGACAUGCAACCGCAAAUGUAAAAAAUGUAGUAUGGAUGGGCCAACACCGGAUCAUGAUUGUCGAAAAAAUUUUUACGAAUCAGCAAAGGCAAUGGAGGCUCAUGUUGCCAAGAAAAUUGUAACUGAAAGUGAGAUUCUUCGAAAUGAAAAUAUUGAAAUUGGAGUAUUGGUAGGAGACGACGAUAGCUCUACCAUUGCAGCAUGUAGGGCUGCAGCUAGUCAUCCAAUCAUCAAACAGUCUGAUGUUAAUCAUACGUCAGGAAGAGAUCAACGAUUAUUUGAAGAUCUUAAAAACAUCUUCGAGAAAUUAGCCUCAAAUGCACAAAAAUUCUCGACCGGUGCAUCUAGCAACGCAAACGAAAGUUUAAAUGCAACCAUGGCCAGCAAAGCUCCUAAGUCUAAAUGCUACAGCAUGACUGCUUCUGCUGACUUUCGUUUUGCUUGUGCUAUAGGCCAAAAAAAUUUGAGAGAAAAAUAUACACAAGACAUUGCUAAACGAAUUAAUUUAUAUCCAGGAAAAUACCACACUCAGUAUGUAUUGAAAAAACAGAGAAUUUUGUUGAAGAGACGAGAAUUGAUAAAAACCCCUGAAUACAAAAAAAGACGUAUGCAAUUGAAAAAACUUUGCUCUGUUGUACGACAUAGAAAAGAAAAUGUGGAAGGUGUAACUUAUGAGACUAAUUGUGCUCUUUUGACAGAACCUGCUGUUCCGGUGGAUGAAGAAAAUAAUUCCGAUUCUGAAGAAGAAGAUCUUUGUGAAAUUCCUAUCAUCCUUCUAGAUCUAGAAACUUCUGGGUUUCAAGCUGAUUGCGAUAUUUUGCAAAUUGCCGCGAAAUGUAACAAAACUACUUUUUCAACUUACAGUAAUCCAGUUCAACAAAUUUCACCAAAGGCUGCUGAAGCUCAUGGUCUAGUAAAUUGCUAUGGCGAUCUUAUGCAUAAUGGAGUAAAAGUAUCAUCAGUUCCCAUUAGAAUAGCAUUAGGAGAUUUCCAUUCUUGGUUACAAUUAUACUUUGUCGGUUAUAAGAAAAAUAACAAGUAG